AUGGAUGAGAAUGAUGAUGAUGAUGAUGUUGGAGGGAAUGGUAAAAUUCCUAUCUCAAAACGCAAUGAAUUGAUAAAGGAAAUACUACUCACUCCCGGAAGAGUGAUAAGUUUCACUAUUCUAAAUUACAAAGGAACUUUUAGAAAGAAUGGUUAUGAACUUAAAGGGAGAUUACUGAUGCAGUACAUCAUCGACAAUAUGCGAAAUCUCCCCUUAGGACAGCUGCAGACUUUCACCGUUCCAUCCAAUAAAUCAAAGGUGAGGCAACAUACAUAAGGAUUUUAAGGAUUUAGGAUAUAAAAUGUAAGGCAUAAACUGAAUAUGUUUAUAACUCCUUGCGCAUUUUAUAAACUAUCGCUGUGUGCCUACUUACAAUUUUGGGAUUUUUAGCCUUAACUUUUCAAGUGAAGUGUGUGUAUGUGCCAGUACUGUCUCAUACAAUAUAAUCUAUACUAUAUUUUUUAUUGAAAGACAAUCUCUCUCUUUCAACAAAUGUGAUUGCUUGGAAGUUUUGUUGACAAUGGCCGAUUGAUCUUGAGUUUAUUCAAUAUACUGUAUCACAGACUGAAAUCACAAUAAGAUAGUAUGAAUUCCUAGUUAGUUAAGGAAUCAUUGUUUUCUGGGAAACCAAUCUUUGGCUAACCACUGUUAAUAUAUUUUAAAUAUAUACAGUUCAAAUCAAACGCCAUUAACUUAGGCCCCGUUUACAUCAGACCGGAACGAAGUCAAACCGGCACCAUUUCGUUUCGGUCAUAGUAUUAUCUAUAAUAGAUGUUUACAUGAGACCGGGACGAAAAUAACUCAGACCGGUCUCAAGUCAUUCCGCCUGCUGGACCGAACCGACUGACUUCAGACCGGCAUGAAUUCAGACCGGGAUGAAUGUAAACACAAAUACAUUUCAGACCGGUCUCGGCUGUAACCUUGACACUGGAACAACACAUGCUAGCAAAAGCCAUCUGAAAAAGAAAAUUGCCUGACAAGGGGAAUAAAUUGAAAAUUUUGUGAUCUUUGUACCGGUCUCAUGUAAACAUGUUGACAAUUUCAAUUUUCAUUCCGGUUUGACUUCGUCCCGGUCUCAUGUAAACGGGGCCUUACAACAGGUUUAUGGAAUAUAAUUUUUAUAUUAGUAUUUAUAAAUUUGUUUUGAUCGUUUCUAUUUAUAGGUUUUCUUCUUCGUUAAAGAAGAAAUACCAGAAAGGGAAAGCGACACAAUGUCGGCUUUUGUUCAGGAAUUGGCAAAAUUUUGUCUGGACUUGAAGGAGUAUACCGAAGCAUACAACAGUGAAUGCCAUACAAGGUUUGUUUUGCACGUUUGACUGCCUGCCCCAAUGCGAAACCACUCCCUGUCAACAGUUUUGAAAGGAACCAAGUUCACCAGGAUUUCUGCAUGCAAAAAUGCAUGGUAUAUCUCUUCAAUAACAAUAUAUUUAUCUAUUUUUGUUACAAUAUUUUUGCCAGAGACAAACAUCAAUUGGAAUAUACCACAAAAUCCACCAUGGAAAUUUCCUCUCCUUCAAAAAUAAAGCGAACAAAUGAAGAUAACCCAUGA